GCAAGAUGGCCAGGUCUGUCGAACUGAUUCUGGUGGGACGUUUUCUGUGUGGCAUCAGCACAGGUUUUGAUCAAGCCAAGCCACAUCAACCAAUCCUUGGCCGAGUCAAGUGAAAAGCUGAGUCCCGUCGUGAAGUCAGGAGAGGGUUGGGCGCCAGACAGAACAAGGAGCCCCACCCAGCUUGCCCCCAUCCUAUGCAGCCUGCACAGAGCCAACCCCGCUAAGAUCAAACCAGUUUCCACUGUUCCCUUUUGUGCGUCUCUUUGUAGCGAAACUGUUCUUGCUUCGCUUUGAUGGCACAGCAGAUUAUUUUUGUUUCAUGUGACCCCAAUAACUUGUUUUCUGCCUUCAAUUCAAGGUGUUUGUAUCCUUCUUCAUCCCCAGUACCUUGGGGAGGUUUCCCCCAAAAAACUCCGCGGAUUAACCACUUCAACCGCUGCCAUGUUUUGGUGUUUGGGAAAAGUCCUCGGUCAAGUUAUGGGACUAAGGGAGCUUUUGGGAAGUGAGGCCCUCUGGCCAGUGCUGCUGGCCUUCAGCGGGGGUACAGCCUUGGUCCCCUUGCUCACGCUACCAUUCUUCCCCGAGUCGCCACCUCACUUGCUUUUGCACCGAGGAGACGAAGAAGGAUGUGUGAAAGCAAUGAAGACCUUUUGGGGGGAACAGCCUCAUCGGGCAGAGCUGGAUGACUUGCGGAAAGAGCAAGCAGCCCUGACCAGCGCCCAGAGCAAGGGCCUCCUGGAACUGGUCAAGGAACCUUCCCUGCGCUGGCAGCUCUACAUGCUCUUUGUCCUGGCGGUGACCACACAGCUGAGCGGCAUCCAGGCAAUUUACUCCUACACUUUUGAAGUGCUCCAGGCUGCUGGGUUCCACCUUGAGCAAAUCCCCUACUUGGCCCUGGGAGUGAGCCUCUGCGAACUGCUUUCUGCUGUCCUCUGUAGCUUCAUCAUCGAACGAUUUGGAAGAAAGGUGCUACUCUGGGCAGGCUACGCUUUGAUGGGCACCAUGCUGGCUGGUAUCACCUUAGCCCUCUCCCUGCAGCCCUGGUUCUCCUGGAUGCCUUAUUGUUGCCUGUCUUUGAUCUUCUGUUUUGUAUUUACCUUUGGAAUGGGCCCAGCUGGUGCCACAGUCUCUCUCAGGAUGGAAAUCUUUGAUCAGUCAUCCAGAGCCCCUGCCUUUGCGAUUAAUGGGACCCUGAGCUGGGUUGGGGUCUUUGUGAUCGGAAUGGUGUUUCCAUUAAUGAUGGAAAACUUCCGUCAGUUCUCCUUUCUCAUCUUCAUGGGGACCCUUUACACUUCAGGAUUUAUUAUUUACUUCUUCCUGCCUGAGACAAAGAAAAAAUCCAUCCUAGAAAUCCAAGAAGAAUUUGAUAAACUUAAUUUUAAGAAGAAACAAAUUCCUGUCUUAGAAGCCGAGCUGACCAAAGAUCCUGAAUUGUGUACCAAACUGUGACAAAGCUGGACUCUCAAAUCUCAGAGAAGCCCCUGCAUGGUCCAACCUGCAGCUUUUUGGAGGUCCCUUUAGAUGACCCUCCAGAGCUGCUUCUCCAUCCCUAAGAUGUUAAAGCACAAACAAAGCUUGGUUGUUUUGAGAUGACAUGAUCCAGUAAGAAAUAAAGAUGCUCGUAUUUUUGUCAAUAUUGCAGAUUUUAAUAGUUCAC